UCUAUACUUUCUAUAUUUCCAUUCGACUUUUUUCUAAAUCUGUCCUGAAUUGGUAAAUUGCUCCCAGGUGAAUCUUGACUUUCUCUAACGAAGGUGCUUCUCGUGAAGCAUCAACUAGCAGGUAUAUAUAUAGCCGGAGCAACAGAAUGUUACAAUGUUUGACAAUAGAAGGACAAGGAAUUGGACGGGGUCAACAGCCAGAGAGAAGACGAAGAAGAGGAGUGAGGCUGCGUGGUGGAGGAGUUGGAAGGCAAAACCGAGGAAGAGGCAGAAGAGGCAGAGGACAUAUGCGCGUUCCUGAUGAGAUUAGAGCCACACUCGUAGACCACGUUCUCAAUCAUGGGCUUACAAUGGCCGAGGCUGGUCGAAGGGUGCAGCCAAAUGUUGGAAGAACAACUGUGUCCUCGAUUAUGUACUCGAUUUUCGUCGACAGAAUAGCGUGUAAUGGAACUGGAAGCAAGUGAACCACCGCACAGCUUCCUCUACAUGGAUGAAGCUGGCUUCAACCUAACAAAAUGUAGAAGGCGUGGUCGAAAUAUCAUCGGCCACAGAGCUACAGUUGAUGUGCCAGGCCAACGGGGCGGAAACAUAACCAUGGGUUGUGCAAUCUCUGAGAAUGGUGUGCUAACACAUAUUCCCAUUAUUGGGCCAUACAAUACAGAGCGUCUUGUCACCUUUUUAGACACUCUCUACAGGGAUCUCAUCCCUGAACAAGAGAGGGGUCAGAUUGGAGAUGACCUGCCAAAGUAUGUGAUCGUUUGGGACAAUGUCCGUUUCCAUCGUUCCAACAUCAUCAGGCAAUGGUUUGCUGCCCAUGACAGAAUGCUGAUGGAGUUCCUCCCACCCUACUCUCAAUUCCUUAACCCCAUUGAGGAAUUUUUCUCAGCAUGGAGAUGGAAAGUAUACGAUCGUCAGCCACAUACACAAAUGACCCUUCUGGCUGCCAUGGAUGCAGCAUGUGACGACAUCACAGCCGAUGCCUGCAGAGGCUGGAUAAGACACUCAAAAAGAUUCUUUCCACGCUGCAUUGCAAGAGAAGAUGUUCGUUGUGAUGUGGAUGAGAAUUUGUGGCCCAACAGACAGGAUCGUCAAGAGGUGUAGGAAGAUUGUAAUUCCUUAAUGUAAUUUCUACAGCACUGCAUGUACAGUUUUUCCUAUGUUCACAUUUCUUCUUUAGGUUUUUUUUUGUGUGCUAUUCAGUGCUGUCUUUUCAUUUCUGUAUCUCAAUGACAUGUUCUGUCAAUAAAAUACAGUACAAACAGUAAGAGUGUAAAUUUGAAUCUUUUCCAUUCUCUUGCAAUUACACUCACACAUACACUGAGAUGUAACUUACAAUUGACAAUAAUUGUCAUCAAAACUUUAGCCAUAGUUUCCAUCAGAACAUCCCUCCAGAGUAAACUGUUAUAUUGACAACAUGACUAAACAAUUUGAUUGUCUUAUCCGUACACAAUGACACAAGUACUUGUCAUUCUGAUGGCACUGACAUGUUCAUUGACACAGAUAUUUACUUUUGAGAGAUGAACUAAGGAUUUUGAGUAAGAGAUUGGCUUUUGCAGGUUAUCCAUGGUGUUUUGCUAUUUGUACAAAUUGUUUUGAGAAAUGCACUUACUGUUUUGCAAAUUGUGAGUUUGAUUCGAGAAAUGUACCAAAGCGACUGAGAAAAA